AUGGCCCUGGUGCUUCGUACUCAUCUGCAAGUCCCAGCAACACUGGUGCUGCUCCUGUCCGUGCUCAGUUUGGCUGCUGGUGGGAAGCUGCUGGUGGUGCCGGUGGAUGGGGUCGAAGUGUUGGACGGUCUCAGUCGGAAAGGACAUGAGAUAGUCGUCGUUGCACCUGAGGCAACUUUAUACAUAAAGCCAACAAAGAAUUUUGUUAUGAAAAUGUACCCGGUCCCUUUGAAACAGAAUGAGAUAGAUGAAAAUUUCCAGGUAUUUUUACAAGAUGUACUUGAAGAAGGAUCUUUUCUGGAAAGAUUUUUUAAAGUAUACCAAAGUAUGAAAAGAGUCUCCGAUUUGGCAUUGUCCAGCUGUGCAGACUUACUGUACAACAAAGAACUUGUCAGAGAGCUUGAGGAGACCAAGUUUGACGCUGUCCUUACAGACCCUGUACUACCCUGCGGGCCAAUACUGGCUGAGUACCUUUCAGUCCCUUCCGUGUUUUUUUUACGAGGAAUACCAUGUGGUUUAGAUUUUGAAGCCACUCAAUGUCCCAGUCCCCCUUCUUAUGUCCCAAGGAUGUUCACAGAUCUCACAGAUAGCAUGAACUUUCUCCAGCGAGUGAAGAAUCUAAUGUUUGGCAUCCUAAAUUAUUUUCUCUGUGAUUUUAUGCUCCAACCACAUGCAAAACUGGCUUCUGAGUUCCUCCAGCGGGAUGUGACUGUGCCAGAUCUCUUACGUCAGGCUUCCAUUUGGCUCAUGAGGUCAGAUUUUGUGUUAGACUAUCCAAGACCUUUGAUGCCCAACAUCAUUGCAAUUGGAGGAUUAAAGUGCGCUCACAAGGAGUUACCUCAG